AUGUUCCCACUGAUUUUACUAGUAGGGAAGCUAAUCGCAAGUCGGUCCCACGCUGGCGAAGAGGAGGGAACCUAUGUGAUUUUUCAGCUCUCCAAUUCUCCAAAGUCCAAGAAACGACAAGGUGGGAACUCUGUGACAACUGUUUUGCUGCGUGGAAGUACAAAUAGCAUACUUGAUGAUCUGGAAAGGGCUGUUGAUGAUGGUGUAAAUAUUUACAAGGCCUUAUGCAAGGACAGUAGAAUUGUGCCUGGAGCUACAGCCACUGAAAUUGAAUUAGCAAGAAAACUGAAGGAGUUUUUUUUCUUGGAGACAUGCUAG